AUGAUGAUGUCUUGUGGAUGUUUGUUACCUUAUUUAACAAGAUUUUGGAUUAUUGAACAAUUAGAAUUAAAUCAAAAAACUUUAGAAAAUGAACGAACUAAAAUACUUGAAUAUUUAGAGUUAAUAAAAACAUCAUAUUCCGAAGAAGGUAAAAAUAAUUUAAAUAAUUCAAUUAAAGAUUAUUUAAACAAUAGAAAUAUUCUAAAUGAUUUACAAGUAUUAAUUGAUAAUCGAAAUAUAUCAGUAGAUGCAAAUAUAUCUCCUAAACCUGUGAAAGAAUGGACUAAAGAAGAUAUUCAAAAUUGGUCAAAAAAUGUCAAAGUACAAAUAUCAACUGGUGAAGGUAAAUCAAUUAUAGUUGCUGCAUUAGCUAAUUGA